AUGGCGGCUGCUGCUUCUUCUUGUUCUUCUUCAAUUGCUAAUAACCGCUCAGUUCAUCAGAAAGGAAGUGCCAAAAAAGGGAUCAAAAUCAAAACGAAAAUGGCGGCUGCUGCUUCUUCUUGUUCUUCUUCAAUUGCUAAUAACCGUUCACCCAUCAUCUCUGUUCCGCUCAGACACCAGCAAUCAUCAUCUACAUCACUGUCUGUCCAACUUCAACCACCAAAAGAAUCUGGAUUUGGGAUUUUGUGGAAGAGGAAGGAGGACGAGAAGGGCUGGCUGGGAAGUCUUGCAGCUGUUCGACAGUUGACUGGGUCACUCACAACUGCUGAUGGUCUCCGCUUUGGCAUUGUGGUGGCUCGCUUCAAUGAUAUUGUCACAAAGCCACUGUUGGAGGGAGCUUUGGACACUUUCAAGAAGUACUCGGUCAAAGAAGAAGAUAUCGAUGUUGUGUGGGUUCCAAGUAGUUUUGAAAUUGGUCUGGUCGCAGAGAAACUUGGGAAGUCAAGAAAGUACCAAGCCAUCUUAUGUAUUGGAGCUGUGAUUAGAGGCGAUACUUCCCAUUAUGAUGCUGUGGCUAAUUCGGCUGCAUCCAGAGUACUGUCUGCUAGCCUUAAUUCUGGUGUUCCAUGCAUAUUUGGUGUUUUGACCUGUGAUGACAUGGAGCAGGCUCUCAAUCGAUCUGGUGGUAAGUCCGGAAAUAAAGAUUGAAAUGGCUUCUUUGUUUGAACACCAUCUGAAAUUUUAGGAAGCAGGUGCUGUCGACCAACAUUAGAGCUUUGUACUGUUGUAAUUCUUCUCUUCUGAACCCUUCUCAGCAGGCAGAAUAGGAUUCCUUACUCCAAAGAUUUUGUGUUGUAAUUCCCUGCAUGCAUUCAGUCGUGGGCUACAUUGGG